CGCUCUGUGGGCGUAUCAAUUUGAGGUUCUGUCUGUGCGUAACGUGGGGCAUUCCCUCGUAUAGCCUACAUCCAUUCUCCUUUAAACUGCGGUAAUUUGCCAGAGCACUGUUGGGAGUUCUAGAGAAAUGGUAACGGAGACUUAGAUCGUGCAAUAUUGUAAUCCCUAUCAGCUGACAAGGUCCCACCCCUAGGUUGGUGACAGAAUUAUUCCACAACAAACGCGGAUUGUGCACUAUUCGUGGCGAUUGGAUUGACUUGAGUUCACUUGAUCCACUGCCACUGGCCACUCGCAGACCUGGUGUGUGUGCAUGCAGCAGAAUGGAUCUGACGAGGCUUCUAACGGCGAACGACCGCCACUCCCUGUCAACAACUCCAGCCCGUUACCCGUGGCUCCUUCGCGGGUAAGGAGGUUCGCUCAGGAGAGGCGAGCACUCCCUCAGCCGAGAGUGAUGGUGGUAUUCUCGGCCGCAAGUGAGACUGAUAAACCAGGCGAUGCAAUGUCGAGUUCAGACUCUGCGGAGGAUGAUUUCCGAAAACCAGCCACCCCUGCAGCGAACCUAAAUUUGGGCAAUUCUCUUCGCACCGCCUUUAACGCAUCUCCAACCCCAGAGUUUCCUGAGGUAAUUUCUCUCAACGUUGGCGGCACCUACUUCACCACCCGUCUUUCUACCUUACGGCGCUAUGAGGAUACCAUGCUCGCUGCAAUGUUUAGUGGACGCCAUCAUAUCCCGCGUGAUGCGGAAGGUCGCUUCUUCAUUGACCGGGAUGGGGCACAUUUUGGGGACAUCCUGAACUUCCUCCGCGAGGGUGAGCUACCUCAGAGGAACCGUGUGAGAGCAGUACACCGGGAGGCCCAGUACUAUGCAAUUGGUCCUUUGUUGGACAGCCUGGAGGACACUCAGCCACUCACAGGAGAGAAAGUCCGUCAAGCUUUUCUCGACCUCCUGCCUUACUACAAGGAGAACCUCGAGCGCAUUGUGGAGAUUGCCAAGCUACGGGCCAUGCAGAGGAAGGCGCGCUUUGCCAAGCUGAAGAUCUGCGUCUACAAGGAGGAGAUGCCCAUCACGCCAUACGAGCGGCCGCUCUUCAACUCGCUGCGUUUCGAGCGCACUGAGAGCGAGGCCAAGCUGUUCGAGCAUCACUGUGAGGUGGACGUGUCGUUCGGGCCCUGGGAGGCAGUGGCAGACGUCUACGACCUGCUCCACUGCAUCGUCAGUGACCUGGCGGAGCGCGGCAUCACCGCUGACCAGCAGUGUAUUGGCGUUUGCGACAAACACCUUAUCAACCACUACUACUGCAAGAGGCCCAUCUAUGAGUUUAAGAUCACGUGGUGGUAAAAGCAGGAGGAAGAGAGGUUCCAUUUCUUCCCUGUGUUGUGGGUGUGUUGUGAGGCAAACUUAUGAUGAUAGGCAAACUGGGCUCCUUCUUGGUCCCUUGAGAGAGAAUGGGCGUAUUCACUGUCAUUCCCCAUUUUGAAGAACAGAAAUAGCUGAGUAUAGACAUCAGAGAGUUUGACUUUUGUGUUUCUGCUUCCUAACAAUGCAGCUGUGACCAAUGUUUCCUUUGUGAAUUUUUUGCAAACAGUAUUAACGUAGGGUCACGUUGUCUGCUUCUUAUUUUUUGCUUGUUUUAUUGGAUUAAACUCUAGGAGUUUUUGCACUCAUCCAAGCUUGUGGACCGUCCAGUGUUGGUCAGAAAAAGGUGAAGUUAAUCUCAUAUUGUGAUUACAGUGCUGUCUGGCUUCAUGACUAUUUAUGCCGUUAUGAAUUCUAUGUAUUCUCCGUUGUGCGUCUCUGUGGUCGCCACUUGGUUGCUCUCGAAGGAAAGCCUUCAUAACUCAACUGGAUGCAAUUUAGCAACCUGAAGAUACAUUGCUCAUGUACUGUAUACAGUCCAGUAAAAUACAUGUAAAUGUCUAUUUUUGUUACUGAUGUUGGUCUUUGACUUUGACACUAUAUUUUCUGUUAUUCUCUCUCCCAUCAAGCUUUAGAAGUCUUAUGUUACAGGUACUAGUGAAUGUUGAUUUUGUUUUUGGCUACACAAUCGGUGAACGGCAUGGAAAAUGAUUGUCUUAUGAUUCCAGUUUGAGAGACCCAAAGAAAUGAAGACAGUUUAAAUAGUUAAAGAAGCAUGGGCAAGGCUAUUUUACUUCAGUUGCCUCUUGCGAGUUUCCUGACGUUUUUUUACUGGAAAUGUUUGUCUGGCAGUGAAAUGAAAAUGGUUAACGAGUUCCCCUGAGCCCUUAUGGUAACCUCAGUUGACCCAAAUGUCUCUGAAGGGGCAUCUGUAGCAGAAGGAACUUUGAAAUGUGCUGCUAAAGGUAGUUUACACUUUAAAAAAGAUUGCAUUGACAUCCUUUGGCUUGUUGUUGUUAGAAGCAGGUUAUGUAGAUAACUGCUGAUAGACUGAUACAUCUGUUUUUGCAGUUUAAAAUGUGCUCUUAUAUACAAAUAUGCUUCAAUAAUGUACUCUUCUUUUGCAAUAUGAUAGAGAUUAGUUGAACAAGUUUCAUAUGAUAAUUUUAUAUCACAUUAUAUUUCUACUGAAUUCAGCUCAAGUGCCUUUUCCUAAUGGCAACUGUCACUUAAAUGAAGCUUAAACCAGGAAACCACACAAUCUUUUUUUUAUGUAAGACGACUGCAGUGACUCUAUUGUUGCCUCCCCUAUCAGUUAGUUCAGUUUUUUUCUUUGUUCCUUUUUUGUUACGUUAAUUAGGGGGUAUUCGAGAUCAGGAACAAAAGGAUGACUCUUUGUUCAGCACCUGUAUUUCUGUUGUGAAUGUAUUACAUGAUGGUCUGCAGAAAGAAAUGCCACACACUACUGUACACACAGCUGGGUUGUUCACUAUAGGCCUAUUAAUGCUUUAUGACAGACAUGUUAUUUCUGGCCAUUUGUCAAGUAGAUCAAGUCUUGGGACAGUUUAUGGGUGUUUUGACUUUAGUAAUUCUACCCUCUUUCCCUCUGUUUGAUUGUAUUUUACUAAGCUGAGUGAUUGACAAGUGUUAAAAGUUGCAAUUUUCUUACUGUUGCUUGUCAGUUGAUUGGAUUCUGUUGAUUUUCGGGAAUUUGUUUCAUUUGUUUCUCCAUCUUUUAAAAUGUAUUUGCAGAGAUGGUUUGGGUUAAGAAUGGUAUUUAUUACUUUUUAAAUUGUGCACUUACAUUGUACAUUUAAAUUGUGCACAGACUAGGCCUCUAUUCUAUCCAUAUUUCAGACAUUCAGUGUUACAUAGCUUGAUUGACUUUAAAAGCAGUUACCACAUUAGCGGAGCCUGCAUUCACAAUAAAUGUACGUUCCUUGCA